AUGGUCUAUCGUGUUCAUUCUGCGAUCAGCAAAGCGGCCGCGAUACGCCGCCGCAACCACCAAAUCCCUCGCAAGCGCCCCACCAAAUUCCCUCCUCACAAACCCACCUCCCGCGGUGUUGCUCGUCCAGUUUCUCCUCCAACGCCCAAGAACCGCCCCGUCCCCUCCCCAGAAACGAGGAAGAAGGAGCCGAAACCCUCCAAAUCCUCCACCCCUGCCCGUGGUGAGAACCGUACCACUCUCCCUGGAGUUGACACCGCAAACCUCAACGCCUGGCCCGUCCGCCGCAUCCUCGCCUCUCGCAAGAAACCCGGCGACCCCUCCAGCACCGAAUACAAAGUACAAUGGGACAGCAGCUGGGAGGAAGCCUCGACGCUCCGGGGCACCGCGCUGCAAGAGUGGAAGGACGCAGCAGAGAAGGAGGACACGUUUGAGUAUGUCGCGCAGGACGGCGGAAAGUGGGAGGUGCUGAAGGACGAGCAUUGGCUGGAGAACGAUAGCGAGGACUCGCAGUGGGAGAUGUGGAUGGCGAUCUGGCGCAACGCUAUUGAGGAAGGGGAGAAAAACUGGUUUGCUACGCUGAAGGAGAAUGACUUCGCUUUUGCGGACGAGGCCGAGGAGAAGAAGGCCGCAUAUCUCGCGGGGAAAUGCGGCUUGGAUAGGCCGGGCUCUGCGAUGGAGGUGCUGGCUGCUGCUUGGAAGGAUGGUAAGGAGAACUCACUACGGCUACGGAAUGAUCGGAUUGUCUACGCAGACAUCAAAGUCCGUUUCGUCGGCCAACUCGACCCUUGGUACGACGACGACGAUAUCGAAACCGCAUCCCACGACCCAACGCCUAAGCCACACCCUGCCCUCACCGUCGCACACGUUAUACGCUCCCUCCACACGAACGCCUACUCGCAGCUCCGCUCAGACGCCUUCAGCCGCAACCACGGCACAUACGCCAACUGCACGCACUGGCGAGCCGUCACGAAGAAUCUCAUCCACACGGCUCCAUUCAUGUUCCGCAGCGGCACAUGGACGCAGCUUCUUGCGCUGCUGCUGCUGGGCGGCAAGACGCUCAAAGCGGAGUUGGAGGCUGUGGGUGUUCGAGUCAAAGAGGACUGGAGUUUCAGGGCGAGGGAGUACUGCAUGCAUAUGUACUAUGAGCGGAUUGUGGACGAUCGGCCGAUUCAUGAUAUACAGGAGACGUUUUUGUGUUUGAGGGAGUUCUUUAGGGAGCUGGGGCCGGAUGAGGAGGAGAAGAGGGGGGAGACGGCUGCGCAGGAUAUGGAUGAGAGAGAAGGCAAGAAUGGAGGGACGGCUGGGCUAGAUAUUGGUGAGAUUGACAGCUUCGAUAUCACGCAGGUUCCGGCUUCUGACUACGCCUCGUGUCGUCCUCGCAAAUUCGACAGCCGCCUUUGCCUUGAUGAGAUCGACGACAAAGCCGGUGCGCCGAAAAGAACUCCGUCCGGUCGCUCCGAGCCCGUCAUCUAUGCUUCCACUUCGAACUCACGCAAUGGCAUCAAUCCUGCCCUAUCUCCAGCCAGCGAGCGUAGUGACCUCUUUGUCCCAGACACCAACUCCGACGCCUCUACCACCGACCCCACCUCACUCUCAUCUCUCGAAGAAGUCGAUGACCAGGAUAUCGAUGGACCCAUACACGCACAUGUUGGUGGGCGGGGAGAGCGGGGUCGCUCGUAUACACACAACACGUCGAAGCCGAAGGCAGUCCAGGAUGAGAAGGAGGCGCUUGAGGCGCGUCUGGCAGCGAUCUACAUGCGGGAGGCCAGUGAGCGGAUAGCAGAGAUGGUGCAGCAGGAGACAGUGCGGAACUCUGCAAAGCGGGCUUAUGGCUCUAUGGACCUUGCGUGUUCCCAAGAAAGAGAGAAGAAGGGGCGUUUUGAGUAG